CCUGGGGCCGAAGCCGGGGCAGAGGAAUGUGCGCAGCGUUGAACGCUCUCUGGGUGGCCCUAUAACAUGGUCUAACAGACGGCGCAGGACGGAUGUACAGACCCGCCGACGGUGCCUGCGGGGCACACGAAAUGAGUGGCUCGGCCGCUCAACGCUGAUGGCGCCCCCGGGUAGUGGGCGGCCCUGGGGCCACCGCGGCGCACAGGACAGCGGGGCGGACCGAGGACGGCGGGGGCGGGACAGAAAAGACGCGAAUCCCGCGGAGGAUGACCGCGACCUGGGAGAGCCCCUUCCCUUCUGGGGACGACCUGGACUCCAGCCAGUUACAUAUGGAGCCGGAUGAGGUGGAUACUCUGAGGGAGGGAGAGGACCCAGCUGACCGAAUGCAUCCCUUUCUGGCCAUCUACAACCUUCAACCUCUGAAAGUACACCCUUUGGUGUUCGCCCCUGGGGUUCCUGUCACAGCCCAGGUGGUGGGCACUGAAAGAUACACCAGUGGAUCCAAGAUAGGAACCUGUACUCUGUAUUCUGUGCGCUUGACUCAUGGUGACUUUACAUGGACAACCAAGAAGAAGUUCCGUCAUUUCCAAGAGCUUCAUCGGGACCUCCUGAGACACAAAGUCUUGAUGAGUCUGCUCCCUCUUGCUCGCUUUGCUGUUGCCUAUUCUCCAGCCCGAGAGGCAGCCAACAGAGAGAUGCCCUCUCUACCCCGAGGAGGUCCUGAGGGCUCCACCAGACAUGCAGCCAGCAAACAGAAGUAUCUGGAGAAUUACCUCAAUCGCCUCCUGACCAUGUCUUUCUAUCGCAACUACCAUGCCAUGACAGAGUUCCUGGAAGUCAGUCAGCUCUCCUUUAUCCCAGACCUGGGCUCCAAAGGACUGGAAGGGAUAAUCCGGAAGCGCUCAGGUGGCCACCAUGUUCCUGGCUUCACCUGCUGUGGCCGAGACCAAGUUUGUUACCGUUGGUCCAAGAGGUGGCUAGUGGUGAAGGACUCCUUCCUGCUGUACAUGCGCCUGGAGACUGGUGCCAUCUCAUUUGUUCAGCUCUUCGAUCCUGGCUUUGAGGUGCAGGUGGGGAAAAGGAGAACAGAGGCACGGUAUGGGGUGCGGAUCGACACCUCUCACAGAUCCUUGAUUCUCAAGUGCAGCAGCUAUCGGCAGGCACGGUGGUGGGGCCAGGAGAUCACUGAACUGGCACAGGGCCCAGGCAAAGACUUCCUACAGCUGCACCGGCAUGACAGCUAUGCCCCACCCCGGCCUGGGACCUUGUCCCGGUGGUUCGUGAAUGGGGCAGGUUAUUUUGCUGCUGUAGCAGAUGCCAUCCUUCGAGCUCGAGAGGAGAUUUUCAUCACAGACUGGUGGUUGAGUCCUGAGAUUUAUCUGAAGCGUCCAGCCCAUUCAGACGACUGGAGACUGGACAUUAUGCUCAAGAAGAAGGCGGAGGAGGGUGUCCGUGUGUCUGUACUGCUUUUUAAGGAAGUGGAAUUGGCCUUGGGCAUCAACAGUGGCUACAGCAAGAGGACUCUGAUGCUGUUGCACCCCAACAUAAAGGUGAUGCGUCACCCAGACCAGGUGACAUUGUGGGCCCAUCAUGAGAAGCUUCUGGUGGUAGACCAAGUGGUGGCCUUCUUGGGAGGGCUGGACCUUGCCUAUGGCCGUUGGGAUGACCUACACUACCGACUAACUGACCUUGGAGACUCCUCUGAACCAACCACCCAACAGCCUCCCACCCCGUGCCCAGACUCUGCAACCACCCCAGACCUCUCUCACAACCAAUUCUUCUGGUUGGGCAAGGACUACAGCAAUCUUAUCACCAAGGAUUGGGUGCAGCUGGACCGGCCUUUUGAAGGUACCCCUAGAGACCAGCCUGACCUCUCCCUGACUCACCUGGGGCUCCCAGAUUUCAUUGAUAGGGAGACCACACCAAGGAUGCCAUGGCGAGACAUUGGAGUGGUCAUCCAUGGCUCAGCUGCCCGAGACCUCGCCCGGCACUUCAUCCAGCGCUGGAACUUCACCAAGACCACCAAGGCCAAGUACAAGAUACCCAUGUACCCCUACCUGCUGCCUAAAUCCACCAGCACCGCACACCAGCUCCCCUUCACGCUCCCCGGGGGGCAGUGCACCACUGUGCAGGUCUUACGGUCUGUGGACCGCUGGUCAGCAGGAACUUUGGAGAACUCCAUCCUCAAUGCCUACCUGCACACCAUUAGGGAGAGCCAGCACUUCCUGUACAUUGAGAAUCAGUUCUUCAUUAGCUGCUCAGAUGGGCGCACAGUUCUGAACAAGGUGGGCGAUGAGAUUGUGGACAGAAUCCUGAAGGCCCACAAGCAGGGACAGUGUUUCCGAGUGUAUGUGCUUUUGCCCUUGCUCCCUGGCUUCGAGGGUGACAUCUCCACAGGUGGAGGUAACUCCAUCCAGGCCAUUCUGCACUUCACUUACAGGACCCUGUGCCGUGGGGAGUAUUCAAUCCUACAUCGCCUCAAAGCAGCCAUGGGGACAGCAUGGCGGGACUACAUGUCCAUCUGCGGACUCCGCACACACGGAGAACUGGGCGGGCACCCAGUUUCAGAACUCAUCUAUAUCCAUAGCAAGAUGCUCAUUGCAGAUGACCGGACAGUCAUCAUUGGUUCUGCGAACAUCAAUGACCGGAGUUUGCUGGGGAAGAGGGACAGUGAACUGGCGGUGCUGAUUGAGGACACAGAGAUGGAGCCAUCCCUCAUGGAUGGGGCAGAAUAUCAGGCGGGCAGGUUUGCCUUGAGCUUGCGGAAGCACUGCUUCAGUGUGAUUCUUGGGGCUAAUGCCCGGCCAGACCUGGAUCUUCGAGACCCUAUCUGUGAUGACUUCUUCCAGUUGUGGCAAGAGACAGCAGAGAACAAUGCCAAUAUCUAUGAGCAGAUCUUCCGCUGUCUGCCAUCUAAUGCCACCCGUUCCCUGCGGACUCUCCGAGAGUAUGUGACCGUGGAACCCCUUGCCACAGUCAGCCCUUCCUUGGCCAGGUCUGAGCUCAACCUGGUCCAGGGCCACCUGGUUCACUUCCCUCUUAAGUUCCUGGAAGAUGAAUCUUUGCUGCCACCGCUGGGGAGCAAGGAGGGCAUGAUACCCCUAGAAGUAUGGACAUAGCUGAGGCUUCAGACAAGGAGAGCCCUCUAGCUAUGGGACUCUACCAUGUUUGGCUCCCUGUCCCUGAGGACUGAGGAUGGUGCCCUUUGAGAUCCAAGGAAGCAGGCAUCCCUGACUGGGACUAGAGAAAUUACAGAGAACCUUUACCUGAAAAGUAUUCAAAGAGGCACUCCCAAGCCUGGUCUGGGGAGGCAGAAGAGGGUCCCUGUGAGUUUCAUCCUCCCUGCCUCCGAGUUGAAACCACUGCUCUAGAGGAGAAGCAUAACUACUGCCAGGAUGCCUGGAGUCAAGCUUCUAAUUCUAGGAGGAAGGGACUCUACCCUGGGCAUUCCCCAUCUCCCCUCCUCUGCCCUUGGACCCCCUCCCUACCCAAGGACCUCUCCCAGCCCACUGCUGCAAGAUGGAGGGAAGAAUAAAGCCACUUCUGGCUGCAGCCCCCGCUGGGGGCAGGGAGAAGGCACACUAACUCCCUGUACCAGCCUACUGACAGACACUAACUUUGUACCAGUUCAAUAAGCAUUUCAUAAAUAAAA